AAAGUAUGAGAUUAGUAGAGUUCUGAUCUUAUAGGAGCAAGGCUGAUCUAUUAGAAUAUAGAAUAAUUUCUUUAGAACUAUUGAGGACCGGAACAGGAACAUAGUUUGAAUCAUAGAAAUGGAUUUGUGAUGAAUAGUUUUUUGUUGCCAACUAGAGAUGCCUGGGAAAUAGGUCUGGGGUUUGGCUAAUUCACUUCAAACAAGAGACCUGUUUCACAUGAAUGAGUGAAAUAGCAUUAAGAUUGAGUGGCUGUAUCUUCUUUUCUCUUUUAUUGUUGUUUUGGGUCUGAUGGACCCUUACUUUGCAAGUAUGGAACCGUAUUUAUGAUGAAUUGUCUACAUUUUUCUUCUUUCUUUCUUUCAACUUUGUAGAGAUACUAUAAGCAGUAGUUGUCACAUAUGGCUUCGUUCAGAGCAUUCUUGAAUAGUCCAGUUGGACCAAAAACCACUCACUUUUGGGGACCUGUUGCAAACUGGGGUUUUGUUGCCGCGGGACUGGCAGAUAUGAGUAAACCCCCAGAAAAGAUUUCUGGAAACAUGACAGCAGCAAUGUGCGUUUAUUCAGCAUUGUUUAUGAGGUUUGCAUGGAUGGUACAGCCUCGUAACUACCUACUUUUGGCAUGCCAUGUCUCAAAUGAGACAGUCCAACUCUAUCAACUGUCCCGCUGGGCGAAGGGUCAGGGGUACUUGUCCCAGAAGAAGAAGGAUGAAACUGCCACCCAAUAACUUGCUAUUGCUGCUGUCAUCUCAUUCUUAUAUCUUGGUUUCUGCUGUGAUUUUUGAUGUAAACAGUGUCCAUCAUGUUCAGACUUUCUUAUAUUGCUGUUUGCCUUCUAGAUAAAUUACUGAGCAGAUGA